CCCGUUCUGCUGCUAUUUAAGCAGCUCGUGCACUUCAGCUCGAGCUUCAAUCCGCGAAGGAAAACAAAGCAGAGGCGCACGCGCUCUCCGUCCACACUCAGUCUCAGCAUGCCCGGGAAAACACUCCGCACUGCCUGCCUGCUGCUGCUCCUGACUCACAUGGUAGUGAGUGAAGACUGUUCUCAGAGCUGUAACUGCCCUCCUGAGACUCCGCUCUGCCCUUUCGGGACCAGUCUGGUGUUGGAUGGCUGUGGCUGCUGCAAGGUGUGUGCCAGACAGGCAGGGGAGCCUUGCUCUCUCCUGGAGCCAUGUGACCACCAUAAGGACCUUUACUGUGACUAUGCUUUGCUGAGCGACACAGAGAAUGGAAUCUGCAUGGCCCAGGAAGGUCAGAUGUGUGAUCUGGGUGGAGUGAUCUACCACAGUGGGGAGACAUUUCAGCCCAGCUGCAAGCACCAGUGUGUCUGCAUGAACGGAGAGAUCGGCUGUGUGCCAACCUGUGCCAGCGACAUCCGCCUUCCCUCUCCAGACUGCCCAUACCCUCGACGCAUCCAGAUCCCUGGCAAGUGCUGUGAGGAGUGGGUGUGUGACGAGACGCCUCAGGAAGAUCCCUUCCAGUCAGCCAUGGCUGGUAGGUCUCUCGUUUAUCGGACAUUGGAGAGUCCAGAGCCUGAGAGUGCAGGGGACAACUGCAUUGUGCAGACCACAGAGUGGAGUGAGUGUUCGGUGACCUGUGGUAUGGGCGUGUCCUCCCGCGUCACCAACGCCAAUGAAAGAUGCCAGCUGGAGCGACAAACUCGUGUUUGCAUGAUCCGGCCUUGCCAAGUCCAACAAGAAAAAGUUAUCAAGAAAGGCAAAAAGUGUGUGAGAACUCCAAAGAAUCUGCAGGGCAUGCACUUUGAGUUGUCUGGCUGUCGGAGCGUGCGGACGUACAAGCCCAAGUUCUGUGGAGUGUGUACAGAUGGACGCUGCUGCACUCCGCAAACCACCAUUACCGCUGAGGUAGAGUUCCGCUGCCCUGAGGGAGACUCCUUUAAGAGGAAGAUGAUGUUUAUUAAGACCUGCUCUUGCCACUAUGACUGCCCACGAGAGAACGAUAUCUUCCUUGCUUCAAACGCACGAAGAAUGUUUGGGGACUAUGAAAAUGGCAUGUGAAAUGCAGCCAGAUGUUGUACAAAGACAAACAGAAAAUAGCACAAACACACAUGUACUGACAAUCUAGCUCAUGCAUAUGCGAGGCAGCUUUCUGUGUUUCUUGUUUUGUUUUGUUUUUUUUCCCUGACCGCAAAUGUAAAAUUUGCUCUAUGGAGUAUGAAUGUUCAAUAUGAAGAGGAGCCUCACUUGGCUUUUUUUGUGUAGCAUUUCUGUGCAGCUCUGAAGUCACAUGGCUCUUUGACUGGUCUGCACCUGUGUUGAUUCAUGCAUAGGCUAGAGUGGACCUGAAGCACUGAAAACUAUAAAUGUUAGAGCAUUUUGAAAUUUAGUUUUAAUAUGUAGAAUUUGUCCCUGAGAGGGAUUUAAUUAAUUGACGAUUUCUAUAGAAUUUAAUAGCAAAAACAUUCUAAAAAUGUAUUAUAAUUAUUUGCAUCUCACUCUUUCAAGUGGGCUAACCAUGUUUACUCGCAACCUAACUGAAUUAGUUAGUAAUCUAUAUUGACUUCCGAGAGUUCUUGGUAUGAGAUUAACCCAUGUUAUAUGGGACUAAAUCACAAACAGUUUAUUGUACUGUUUGCUGCUUAUUUAAAAUAAGAAACCUUGACGCAUUAAAAAUAAUGACGGAUACACGUUGUGUAAAAACUGUAGAGACUCUGUACAGUUUUGUACUUAUUUAAACAGUUGUUAACUUUAAACAUAGUUGUAUUUGUACUGUAUUAUUCUGUUUUCACUGUAAUCAUCUGAGAAAGAUAUGAGAAGUUGAAUUUCUGAUGCACUUUUUUGUUUUUACCAAUAAAGAAAAUAUAUUUUUAUAUAUAA